GGGUGGCUUUCUGCUCAGACACACACCUACUGCAGAGACUCUGCUCUUUUUAUUCAGGAGGUUCUGUGUUUCCAGAGGGCUGACAAUCCAUAAUAUCCAUUUGAAGUGAAUACAGUGAAGUAUUUGGGGUCACUUGACAGAGGAGUACUUUUUUUUCAUCUUUACCUCAGUUUGAAGACUCCUUUUACAAAGCUUUUGACAUUGGAUUUCCAAGGAUGCAUUUUGUGAGUCCUCUUGUGUUGGUGACUUUAUUUUUGUCGCUGAUUGAAGCCAAGUUCUACAGACCGCUCCAGUUUAACCAGUACAAGGCUGGACCCACUCAAUACCAUGAGCAGGGGAAACCCACCAGCAGACACAAGAACCACUGUGCCUACGUUGUUGAAAAGACGGUGUCCUUCACCGUGCAGGAUGGGGCAGCUCCAUAUGUGAAAGCUGAGUACAACAAGUGUUCCUGGGGUCAGAAAUGUCCAACUCUCCAGUAUCGUCUGAUGUACAAACCGUUGUUCAAGGUGGCACAUAAGACCGUCACAGAGCUGGAGUGGCGUUGUUGUCCCGGAUACUCCGGUUAUGGCUGCAUGGAGGGACAUCCGGUUUACCAACACCCCAUGAAAAUGAUGCCACCAUUUAAGGGCCCACCAAUGAAAGGCCCGCAAUUCAAGGGCCCACCAAUGAAAGGCCCACAGUUUAAGGGCCCACAGUACAAAGGUCCCAUGUCUAAGGGCCCACAAUACAAAGGUCCCAUGUCUAAGGGCCCACAGUACAAAGGUCCCAUGUCUAAGGGCCCACAGUACAAAGGUCCCAUGUCUAAGGGCCCACAGUACAAAGGUCCCAUGUCUAAGGGCCCACCGUACAAAGGUCCCAUGUCUAAGGGUCCCAUGUUCAAGGGCCCACCUAUUAACAUGAAGGCUAACCCAUGGAGUCAGAAAGGGCCUCCCACCGGCAGCUUUAACUACCAAAUGCGGCAGUUUGGGCCUCCGAGGGCCUACCCAGAAACCUCAUUCGAGCCAGAGUCGAUGCCAGAACACCAGGAACCACAUCACACAGAACACGAGGAACCACAUCACGCAGAACACAACCAAGAACAUGAUCAGGGACAUGGGCUCGGCGGGCGACCUGAGGAUCACAUCCCAGAAGAAAUCCCUGCUCGUCCCUCUGGGGGUGAACAGCCUGAAGGCCGGGCUGUAGACAGUGAGACAGAAGAUCGAGUAUAUCGAAUGGAGGGGGAUGUGCAGCGUCUGAACCGAGGCCUGGAGACCCUGACAGGAACUGUGAACGGACUGGAAGAAAGUCUCCGAGCCUCGCUGAGAGAGGACGCCAACAGGAUGCUGUCGGCGCUGCUCUCCGCUGCCCCCGGUGCUGUCCCCGCUCCAGCUGGCGCCUCCGGUCAGUCCACUGUCGGGUUCGUAGAGAUUUCUUUGGGAGGCCCUGAGGCCGAGGGUCUGGAUGGCAGAACAGUGUUUCCAGGGCUUACAGAGCUGAACGGGAGGGUGGAGGAGCUCAGGACUGUGCUGCAGGCCAAGACAUUAGAGCUGCAGGAACUCAAGGCAACAGUGACAGGACACGAUGGAGCCCUGAAGAAGAUGUCAGCAGGAAUUAUAUCAGACUCCACGGUCAGCCUCGAAGGAGCUCCGCAGAUAGCUAUAGAGAACUUGAUGGAUGGCAAGCUGAGUGAAGCCAGGUCGGAGAUCCUUGGUGGGUUUGAGGUACGAGUGAAGAGCGCAGAGGGCAAAUGUGAGGAGAAAGCUGGGGAUCUGCGUCGUCAGUGCCAGAGGGAGCAGAGCGAGAGGCAGGAGCAGAUGGAGGACGCUCUGGAGGGAAGCAACACAGACCUGAGAUCAGAGCUGAGAAACCUCCAGACGCAGAUCCAAGGUUUGAAGGCUUCAGGGAACUGCUCCAGUAGAGUGGGUGGGCUGGUCGAACGGGUGCACAGGCUGGAAACAUCAGUGGCCGGCCUCAACCAGUCCCAGGGGCACCUGAGGGUGGAGCUGGGCGGACACAGAGACCACAUAGAGGGGAUGCUGGAGGGGCGUCUGGGGUAUGUAGAGGCCAAGCUCAAUGUGACCGGGGAGUUAAGACACAACAGUUCUGAAAGAGGGAGUGUAUUCCCUGAGGCAGGACAGAGUGAGGAGGAGGAGGCCAGGAUGGAGGGUAGGCUGCUGGCUCUGGAGGGACGUUUACUGACGGCGUUAGAGGAGCUGGGUAACUCCACGUCCCCCGCACUGCAGGAGGGUCACGCUGUUCCCGCUCUGGAGACGGAGAUGGAUUCCAUCAGAGAGAGACUGGAGGUGAAUGUGGACAGACUGCAGAGGCAACUGAGCAGCCUUGAGACCCGCUGCACCCCUUCCUCUACUAAAACACCGUCUGCCAUCCAAGGAGACUCUGCCGCCAAUCCAUCAGAGGAGCAGAACGUGAAGGACGCACUGGACAUGCAAGGGGAUCGCUUAAAAAGGCUUAACGUCACCCUGCAGAGCGUCCUGAAGCGUCUGCACCAGCAGGAACAAGCGGAGGGAGAUGACCCCGUCCAGGGGGAGCUCACAAUCCUCAAGUUCAAUGUGCGCUCGGUCAACCACACCCUCAGAGACCUCCAGGAAACUCUGGGGACAGUCGUGCACCAGGUGGGACAGGCCAACAGCUCCUGGCAGAUGAGCGAGGCGAGUCUGGCCAAGCAGAUAAAGGGUGUGGUGCAGCUGGUCGGACAUCAGGCCGCCAUGCUCGGUGCAAGCGAGCGCAGACUGACCCGGGUUAAAGGGGAGCUGCAGGGCAUGAGGAGGCGUCUGGCUGAGGAGGUGCGGGGCUGCCGGAGCACAGCCAUGGGCGUCAGGAAAGAGGUGACUGAGGUCGGAGGGCGCGUUACCAGUGUGGAGGACCAGUGUAAGGGCCUGAGUUACCUGGCGGAGGACCUGGAGAGGAUCAGGGAGGAGCUGGAGAAACAGUCGAGCGGUCUUCUGGUGCAAGUCAACGGGACGCUGUCCAGCCACGCGCAGCAGCUGUCGGAGCUCAGAGGAGAAGUGAGAAACUGCACGGCCCAGCUGGAUCAACACAGUUCAGAGCCGGAGCCGAGGCGAGGAGACACCUUCGCUUUGAAUUAGCUCAGUUCAUACGGACAAUAUCUUUUUUAAAUGAAUGAAAAAGGGGGAAAUACUCUGCAGGUGUAGUGGGGGUCCACUAAAACUCCAUCUUAUCAUUUGAAUUGUAAAAUACAAAGGUUUUGAACCUGCACUGAAAUGAGGAUGGUUUUAGUCGGCUUACAGUAUGAAAUAAAGAAUGGCAGCUGCACUAAUAACACAACAUCUUGAAAGUGGUGCUCGAAUGAACUCUAAAUGUUACUGUACUGUUUCUGUAAAGCUUUCCAACACAUUUUGUAUGAACGGUUGUUUACACGUUUAGGUUUUUGUAUUGAUUUUUCUUAUGUCUAGACGAGUUGUGUAUUAUGUUUUUAUAUUGUUUAAGUUCUUGAGUAUACUUUUCUAUUCUGAUUGUAAUACUGCAUAAAAUGUUGGCG